AUGGCACUUCGGCAGUACUGGAAUUGCUUGAAUGUUGUUGGACUAAGUCGAACUAUUCCCCGACCCGAUAUAUCCCGAUUUCCUCCAAUUUCUUGCCAAAAGGUGCUUCGCAAGUUGCCGACGCUCUCAGAGAAACCCAGUCAAGGAGACAUCGUUUUUCUCCUCCCCAUUGAUAAGCAAAACGAUUUGGACCGACUUUUUACAAGAUGGACUGAUUGCUUAAAGACUCAUGGCGUGGACUCAUAUCAGCUUCAAGCCUAUGUAGAGGCAGGUGUGCGAGCACCUUCAAGGGGUAAUAGCGAUGUCUCAACACCCCGAAAAAAAACCAGACUUAAUUUGAGCGAGAAAAGUUCCCUUGACAGCGCACCCACUCUAUUUAAGGCGCUUGAGGACACGGUGAUAAGUCUGUUCAAAAACGAGUUCACAGUGGCAUUUGUGGUCGCAAAAAAUGUAUCAAUAACUACUUUCAUCUCACCCUUCUGCCUGGUUCCCUUUGAUUUGCGCAAAAAAUUUCUUUCGACCAAAUUGGAACUCCCCAAACGCCUGUCUGACCAAUGUGGCUCAAAGCAGCCUCGAUCAAGCCUUGCCUUCUCAAAUUGCUCCGAGUUCUCAGAGUCCGACUCUCGACUCAUGUACGUGGAUUUGACAUGCGAUGGGAAGAUGGACUCACAGGCUUUUGAGUGCCUCAACCAGAAGCAGGAAAGGAGGAAUUCUUUGAACAACAUAAGUGUUCUGGCCUUUUCCUUCAAUUGUUCAGGCUCCGAAUUGACAUUGAACAGUCUAAAUUCCACGUCUAGUUGGGUCAACGUGCCUCUGCAGUGCUGCAGAUCUCCAAAGGCCUCAGUUUGUACUCACUGCGUUGCCAACAUGUUGGCUGUAAUGGAUUUCGUUAUCCUGCCCAUGAGUUACGCCUUCGCUCCCGAUCUCUUAGUCAUCAAUGUCGGUGGUUUUACCGCAAAAGAGGUUAGCCGGUUUCAAAUCAACUUCUUUAUCAGCCUUCAUCCUCGAACGUAG